CAAUUCGCGGCAAAAAACCAAAAACUUUGAUAUGAACAAACUCUCCGAGAAAAUCCCGACCUCGAAGUAUUCCAAAUCAAACUCUCUGAAUCUCUCUCAGUUCAUCCCACACUACACCCGAAAUCAUUCCUCAGAAACAAUCCCUUUCCUUCCAUUAACGAUCUCUCUCGAGUUUCCCCUCUUCUUACUCAAGAAAAGCAUCUCAAUCUUCUUCUAUAUCUCUCCAUCCAUGUCUCAAUCAAUCCCCCAUUUCUCUACACUCUCCAAUGGCUGCCCAACAACCUACAGUCUUCACCCCGGUGACCUUCUCCAAGUACACCAAGCGGGUUCUUCUCAGAACUGUGUUCGAGAGUGGCGAUGGCGGUCUGGGGUUUGUGGAUCGGAAAUUGGUGGUCGGAGGAUGGGUGAAGUCCUCCAAGGAAGUCAUUGGAGAUGCUGUUCGGCCGCUGGUCGAUGCCAGUGUUAAGGCGGCGGGUGAUGUCCUGCCGCUGAAGGCUAAGGAUGCGAGCUGUAUUGAGAUUGUACAGUCGCGGAUUCCGAUUGUUAGGUCUUUGCUUAGGAUGCUGUAUGGAAAUAAUUUACACGGCGGUGAGAAGUUGGAGACGAAUGUUCAUGAGCCGCCUCUUCCUUCCACUGCUUUUCUGGUCGUUAAUGAUGGCUCUUGUGUUGCAGACCUUCAGGUUGUUGUGGAGUCCUCGUUACAUCAGCCUAUCCAUCUGAUGCCAUCGGGAACUUGCAUUUUGGUGGAAGGCAUAUUGAAGCGGAUACCAGUACCUGGGAAACAUACUGUCCGGCUUGAAGUGGAGAAAAUCCUUCAUGUAGGGAAGGUUGAAAAGGAAAAGUAUCCAUUAUCACAGAAAAGGAUUCCAAUGGAUGUUUUGAGGAAAUUUUCUUAUUUUCGUCCUCGAACUUCUACGGUAGCAUCUGUUAUGAGAAUUCGUAAUGCCUUGACUUUUGCAACUCACACGUUCUUCCAAAAUCAUAGCUUUCUUUACGUGCAAUUACCCACUAUCACGACCACAGACAGUGAGGGAUUCAGUGAAAAGUUCCACGUUACAACACUUGCGACUAAAUUAGCAGGUAAGAGAGUAGAACCAACAGAAGAUAAAGAAACUGAUGGUGUAAGUCUUGAAACUGUUAAGGCUGCUGUAAUGGAGAAAAGCAAUCUCGUCAAAGAGCUUGAGAGAAGCGAAGGCAACAAAGAAGCCUUAGCUGCUGCAGUUCAGGAUUUAAAGAGAACAAAUGAACUGGCAUUACAAUUAGAAGCCAGAGGAAAAUCAAAACCCGAAUCGAGCAAAGAUAAAGUUAACUUCCAUGAAAAUUUCUUCCCACAAGAAACUUAUCUAACAGUUUCUGGACAACUCCAUUUGGAGACCUAUGCUUGCGCCCUUGGCAAUGUUUAUUCGUGUGGACCGAGGUUUCGAGCAGAUAAAAUCGAGUCUGCAAAACAUGCAGCUGAAAUGUGGAUGGUGGAAGUUGAAAUUGCUUUUGCUGAACUCGAGGAUGCCAUGAACUGUGCUGAUGACCUUGUAAAAUUCCUCUCCAAAUGGGUAUUGGACCACUGUGUGGAUGAUAUGAAAUUUGUUGAAAAACGAAUUGACAAGACGAGCAUUCCACGCCUUGAAUCGUUUAUAUCAUGUUCGUUCGAGAAGGUCUCUUACACUGCGGCAAUAGAAAGUCUGGAAAAGGCAACACCCGAUCAAAAACAUCAACACUUGAAGAGCCUUAAAUUUGGUGCUGCUUUAACUGCUGAUCAUCUCAGUUAUCUGGCUGAUACCAUCUAUAAAAAGCCUGUGAUAGUAUACAACUACCCAGAAGGAACCAAGCCAUUUAAUGUGCGCCUGAAUGAUGAUGGGAAAACUGUGGCGGCAUUUGAUGUAGUUCUUCCAAAGGGUGGAGUAGUAAUUUCUGGCAGCCAAAAGGAGGAGCGUUUAGAUGUAUUGAUGAGAAGGAUGGGGGAGAUGGGGCUGCCAAGGGAGCAGUACGAGUGGUACUUGGAUAUCCAUAGGCAUGGAGCAGUGAAGCACUCCGGUUUCAGUUUGGCAUUCGAUCGUUUCCUUCUGUUUACUACUGGUCUCACUGACAUCAAAGAUGUUAUUCCAUUUCCAAGAAGUUUUGGAAAGGCCAGCGAUUAAAAGGAAUCAAUUGCUCUAAAAUAUUUUAUGAAGCAGUUGGCUCAUAUCAAUGGUGAUGCCCAAAAAAGUGUGUUCAUGUAGAAACCCAAAGAAAAAAUGGCAUCUUUUAGGA